AUGUUGGACGAGGAAAGAGGGGAUGCUGAUCCAUUGACUGGGUCUGAAUUUGGUGGUUUGCCGGCGGAUCCAGCAAACCCAAGGAUCCGAUAUUGUCGGAAGUGCAACCAACUAAAACCACCUCGGUGCCAUCAUUGUUCUGUUUGUGCGAGGUGUGUGCUAAAAAUGGACCAUCACUGUGUGUGGGUUGUGAAUUGUGUUGGGGCAUUGAACUACAAAUAUUUCCUUCUUUUUCUGUUCUACACAUUCUUAGAGACAAGUCUUGUGACUUUAUCGUUACUGCCACAUUUUAUGGCAUUCUUUACUGAUGAAGAGAUUCCUGGGUCACCAGGCACUCUGGCAACGACUUUUCUUGCAUUUGUCUUGAACCUAGCAUUUGCACUGAGUGUUCUGGGGUUUCUGAUUAUGCACAUGUCAUUGGUGGCUGCUAAUACCACCACUAUUGAGGCAUAUGAGAAGAAGACCACUCCAAAAUGGCGCUAUGACCUUGGUCGAAAGAGGAACUUUGAACAGGUGUUUGGGAUAGACAAGCUCUACUGGUUCAUCCCUUCUUACUCAGAAGAAGAUUUAAGACGUAUGCCGGCCCUUCAGGGUCUUGAAUAUCCAUCAAAGCCUGACUUGGAUGCGCAAGAGUUUUAAGAUCAUUCAUGUCACAUUCAGAAAGUCGGGUUAAUUGUAACAGUAGCCCCGAGCCUCUGCAAAGUGUUCAAUUUACAAUUCUAAUAUACUGAACAGGUUGUAACUCUGGGCUGUGAUUCAACCAUUCCCACCGGCAUCAUCUUGCAGAAUAAGGUUAAGAGGUAUCACUCUGAUCAUGGAGCAGCUCGGGCAUAACAGUGUAUGUAUUGCAGAAAAACGGGGAUCGCCUGACAGGCUAAUAUCUAUUUCAUGUUUUUAUCAUCAAUUUUUGAAAAUGUGGGAACUGUUAGAUAAGGAAUGGACAGAUUCAUGCGGUGUGGCAUGCUGAUGAUCCCAUAGGUUUUUAUACGGUUCACUAGUAAUGUAAAAUUAACAGCUAGUCGUCGGGAAUGGUGUAUGAUGGUUGUGAUAUUUUCCUUUGAAUAUUUAUUCUCACAGGUUAAGUGCUUCUGAGAUUGUAGUUGUCAAAAUUAGAGUUUGUGCUUAAUCUUUUUAGCACUUAUCCUAAUUUCUACUAGGUAAGUUGUGCAAAUCAGCAUUUGAUUUC